AUGGCUCAAAAAAGAAAAACAAUCCAACUAUCCAAAAAAUUCAAUCUUUCAAAUUUUGUAAAUGAAGAUGAUGGUAGUGGAGGAAAUGUAGUGUCUGUUUCUAAGCGAAAGAAACAAGACGUUUUGGACAUUUCUGAUAAUGAAACUGACAGUCCGCAAGUUCUCCUUCAUUGUCACUCAUCAAGUGCAUCAACAAUUGCUGAUUUAUCAAGUGCUUCAACAUCUAUAAUCACUAACGAUGAGAUACAUAAAAAACAUGAUUCAUUUCAUUUUAUUGAAAACACUGGACCACUGUGUUCUUUGACUCGCGAAGCUAAACCUAUUGAAUAUUUCGAUCUAUUUUUCGAUUCAUCCCUUUUAACAUUGAUGGUUCGCGAAACCAAUAGAUACGCAGAUGAAUUAUUACAAUUACAAUUACGUGAAACUGACGGAAAAUCUGGAAUGACAAUGUGGAAACCAAUUACUGCGCUAGAAAUGAAAGCAUUUAUAGCAGUUUUAUUGGAAAUAAAAUGGGCAUAA